UUCAGAUCAACAAGAUCGGCACGGAUCAGAACGGACUUCGCAAAAGGGGUUUCAUUCUGCAACUGCGAGACUAAAGAGGCUCGCGGGAGCUCGUACCUUUCGCUAGCUACCGUUACUCGGAAGUAAACGCUAUGGCAUCCAAUGAGGCUUACUCCCAGGAAAUUCUGCCUAGACUCUGCAACCCUGUCCGAGUUGCAUCGCAGAGGGCAGGAAAUCACCUUAUUUGGAAGGUUGCACGGAGCGAUCGGAAACAAUUUUGAGAAACCACCCGGGGCUCCGGGUCGCCUGUACGGCUCCUGCGCCUUUAAGGCUCCCGCUGCAAAGCCGUCGCUCGCCGUGGUGUGGCAGGCGUCUGCUGCCCGGUUUGCAUACAGGAAGGAAGCACCACGUGAACCAGCGGCAAGAGCGACCGAAGGCUCCGCGAGCUGUUGGAGCUUGCAUGCUGCACCGUCCACUGUGCGGGUUCUUGCAGGAGCCGUAGCCGGAUAUGGGCGAUGCGUCUGUGGCUGCCGCUUUGUCUCCGGCCCGUUUUGCGCGCCCGGUGCAUCCCAGAGACUCAGCCUGCCUUCGCGUUCUGUAGCUGGAAAGCCAGGCCAGAAAAGCCUCGGCCUCUUCUGCAGAGAGAUCAGCGCUGCUGCCACCGCAUGACCGGUUUCCCCCAGGACGCCUGUAAACAUGUGGUCAAUGGAGGAGAGAAAAAGACAGUUAUCUGCAUUGAGGGCAACAUUGCAAGUGGGAAAACAACGUGCCUGGAUUAUUUUGCCAAGAAUACUAGCAUUGAGGUGUUGACUGAACCAGUGUCUAAAUGGAGGAAUGUUCGUGGUCAUAACCCUCUGGGCUUGAUGUACCAAGAUUCAACACGGUGGGGGAUAACAUUACAGACUUACGUGCAGCUUACUAUGUUGGACCAACAUACGAGGCCAAUGAUUUCUCCCAUACGGAUGAUGGAGAGGUCAAUUCACAGUGCAAAGCACAUUUUCGUAGAAAACCUCUAUCGAAGUGGGAGAAUGCCGGAAGUAGAUUACGUAGUACUGACAGAAUGGUUUGAGUGGAUCAUAAAAAACAUGGAUGUUUCAGUUGAUCUGAUAGUUUAUCUACAGACCUCUCCUGAGACGUGUUACGAGAGACUAAAAAAGAGAUGCAGAGAGGAGGAGAAGAUCAUUCCUGUGGACUAUCUGGAAGCUAUUCAUCAGCUCUAUGAGGAGUGGCUCAUUAAGCAAACACUGUCUCAAGUUCCUUCUCCGGUACUUGUGCUUCAGGCUGACCAUGACAUGCAGCAUAUGACUGAAAAAUACAAAGAACACCAGGACCGAAUCUUAACCUCCUGCAAUUUGCAACGCUGUCUGUAGAAACCUAUUGUCUUUUUGGAAACCGGUUCUGAGGCUGCUGCAGUUCAGAGGGUGAAUUGUGUGACGGAGUCUUGAGUGCCUUAGGGCUUCUCACCCUGCAUGCCCCUCAGGUCCUUAUCAGAAGAAACACCUCAAGUCCCCUGGAACUGUCCCGAGCAUGGGCUUGUUUUCCGUUAUCCCUACCCCAUUCUGAUUUCUACUUCAAACACGUAUUCUCUCACUUUCCAAACUAUAUUGUGAAAUUUGGGCAUUUGAAAGAAUAGGGAGAUUCAUACAGUGGUCACCUUCUGUGGUGGGGGCUGGAACCCUUUGUGGGGGGGAAUGUGUGAUGUGUGGGUUCACUUGUGUUGGUUUAUGAAUGACUGUUUUUCAGGCUGCAGUUCUUAACACAAACCUUUUUCAUUUGCAGAAUACCCUGAUGUUAAAAUCAGAAAUGAGAUGUAAAUGAACCAAAACAAAGCCCACCUUUUAUCCUUACCUUUUUGUAGUUACCUAUUGGUGGUUUCUGGUAUCCUAAAAUAGUUAUUAGUUUAGCUGUUUUGUAAACUGCUUCCUAAAAAGGCUGUUCUGGAAAGUACAUAUAGUAUGUGCAAAGCUUAUUCCCAUUGACUUGAAAAACAAAUUGGUUUUAAAAGGAGACUUCUGAAAACCAACCGCUGUAGUAUCAACAGUGGUUUUGUAGUUAGUUUUUAAAUUUGAAGAGUCUGCUUGCAAAUGACACAAAGCAGGAAGAACAAGCAAGCUACUUCAGCUUUUGUGAAGAGUUAAGUUCAAGGACUGCCAUACUGUGCAAUACUUCAUCUGCCUCUUAAUGGAAUGUGUGUGCAAAACACAAGAAUUACACAAAUGCAGUUGCACAAGAGAUGGUUAUUGGCGGGGGGGGGGGAGAUGGAACAUUGUGGUGUGUCAGUCAAAGAUUUCUGCUUCAAAUGAACUUUGACAGCAUUUGCAAUACAGACAGUUUCUUUGCAGAAGCCUGCUGAAUUAGGAGUAGUGCCUCUGCAGUGUUCCAUAAAGCAGCUACAUGGAAAUAGGUCUGAGUGCUUAGGGUGCAGUUUUUAACCCCACUAUGAGAUGAUCUGUUUGGACAGAUUCUUAGUGCCCAAGUUCAAAACAUAUGUUCAGUUUAAAACUGGCAGAUUGGAUCAGUGGGGAAAGGGCAGAUACUGCCUGAAGCCCAUUUGUAAGAUGUAGCCCUGUGUACAUCUGAUGAUUAUCUUGGGGCAUGGAUGUUCUUAAAAAGCUCUGCUUUUUAUUGGUCGGGGUCGGCUAGAACACAAAACCAUGGUUUAAUGUCUAAACACCAGACUGCCCGCCCACUAAACAUGAUUUGUUUGGAGCUGACAAGAGAAUCACAAACCAUUGUUUGCUGUUCUGUCUGGAUCCAUAGACAACUGACAAACCACAGUUAGCACCAUUGCUCCAUUUCAGUGUGGGUGAUCUUUUUCCUCUGGUUAGUGCAAGACAUGGUUUUAUGUCGCACCUGGGCCCAACCAUUGAUGCACCAGCCCUGGCUGAAAUAGCCUCCUGACACCAGUUGUGAAUGUGGUGCAGUUUAAAAUAAUCCUACAGGUUUCUACUUUAUGAGAGCAGAAACCUUUCCCCCCAUUUUUAAAAUUCUUUAUUUAAAGCAGAGAAUAAUUCUGGUAGACAUUGCUUAUUUUUUUAAUGCAUUCUUGUAGAGGCUCAUUAAGUAAUUGUGUGAAACUUGUUUAGAGCAUUUGUGGGAAGUAACUUUAAUGAGACUAUAGUUCAUCAAAAUGAAGAAAAAGGCUAUAAACAGGUCAAAGACAACUUAACAUUCCUUUUGUUACAUUUCUGGUGCUGUUUAAUGACACCUUGUGGUUCACUUUGAGUACUAUCAUCAGAUUAAACUGUGGUUUAAAAACUA